GAAAAAAAGAGGGGGGGCUGGAGAAAAAAAAAAACUGCCGGCUUUAGCUUGACUGGAGGGUUUUCUCUCCCUGGUGUGGCAUUCGCAGUCUAACGCUCAUGUGGUAACAUCCAGCAUUGCUUGGCCUCCUCUGCACACUGGCCUGAUUCCAGGGAUUUGAAGUAGACACGACAGACAGACAGACAGAAAGACAGACAGAAAGAAAGACAGACAGAGAGACAGAGAGAAAGAGAGACAAAGCGCAUGUAUGCUGGAAAGAGAUAAGUGAGUUUAGAAGUAGGAGGGAAAAAGAACAGAGGUCCGGAGAAGGGAAGAAAAAGAAGAAGCAGGUGGGAGAGAAGAACCAGUGGUGAAGAAAGGUUGAUUAGCUGACUGUACACUACAAAUCCACCGACAUGGCAGCCAUGGAAGCACUGGAAUCCUCAAGUGCUCAGCUGGAGCCCCAAACCCUCACUGAGAUCUCAGACGACGAGGUCAACCUCCCACCCUCAGAUGAUGAAGACGAUGCCCUUGCCGCAGCCAAAAAAGAGCUGUCCACCAUGGGCACAGAGGGGGACGCCGCCGAAGACAAGGACGAGGUGGCGAAGCUGGACCCGCAGGCCAACGGGGUCUUGGUGCUGUCUUUGCUCGACAAGAUCAUUGGGGCAGUGGACCAGAUCCAGCAGACCCAGAGCGGGCUCGAGGCCAGGCAGCAGGACAUGGAGCGUUCGGUGACCAGCAUCCAGGGCGAGCUGUCCAAGCUGUCCAAGAGCCACAGCACCACGUCCAACAGCGUCAGUAAGAUGAUGGAGAAGGUGCGCAAGGUGAGCGUCAACGUCAAGACAGUGCAGGCCGCCCUGGAGAAGCAAGGAGGCCAGAUCAAGAAGCUGGAGAACAACGAGGCCGAGCUGCUCAAGAGACGCAACUUUAAAGUCAUGAUCUACCAGGAUGAAGUGAAGAUUCCCUCAAAACUCAGCAUCUCUAAAUCCAUGAAGGUCUCUGAGUCUGUGUCAGGAAGUAGAGGAGGCAGCUUGCUAGAGCUUAAGGAAGCUGCGGAGGAGCCAGGAGAGGACGGAGAAGGAGAGAAGGCAGAUAAGCCACAUGUAGACCUCUCAUCAGAUGAAGAGGGCUAUGAGAUUGAGGAGACCAUUGAGGAGUCUCGAGCUGAACGCAUCAAACGCAGCAGUCUGCAGCGCGUACAAACCCUGAAGACAGUCUUCUCAAAGGAGAAGAUGGAUAAGACCAGGGCAAAGACCAAAGAGAACUUGGAGAAGACCAAACAAAAAACCAAGGAGAACCUGGAGAAGACAAAACAGAAGACAAAAGAGAACCUGGAAAAGACCAGGCAGAAAACCAAGGAGAACUUAGAGAAGACAAAGCAGAAGACUAGGGAGAACCUGGAGAAGACACGUCACAACAUUGAGAAGAAGAUGGGAAAGCUUGGAACACGCAUGAGCGUCAACCCUGAGCGCAAGCAGAAGAUGCAGACAUCCCGCGACAAGGUGAAGAAGGCCUUCACGCCGGACCACGUCGUUUACGCCCGCUCCAAGACUGCCGUGUACAAGGUGCCCCCCUUCACCUUCCAUGUCAAGAAAGUUCGUGAGGGUGCUGUCGAGGUGGUCCAAGGCACCGAGAUGGUGGAAGUGUCCCAGGAUGCUGACCCAUUCGGCGGGGUGGAUGGGGAAGUUGAGGAGGGCGCAAUAGAGGUUGAGAUGGAGAUGAUGAAUGGAGGAGGGGAUGAAGAAGAGGUCGAGGAGGAUGAAGAGGAGGACAGCCACGAUGCCCUGGAGGAGAAUGAAGAAAGAGAUAGAGACAGUGAUUAGAUAAAGAAAGAGGAAUUUGCCAAGAUCCUAACAAAAUCCUUUGCACCAAUCCUGAGAGUUCUGUAAAAACUGAAUAAAUUGUGGUGAUCGAGAAGAUUUAAGUAAUUACCGUUGAUUACAAGCUGGGGUCUUAUUUUUUAUUAUUUUGGCCAUGAUUUCUAUCAGGUAUAAUGAUUUUGUACUCACCAAAGUAUUUGUUAUGAUCUGGGAGCAUGGCGACAUUUCUACAAGUUUGGCGGAUUAGUCAGACAAUAAGACAGGUGGUUAACAAACCAAGAGAUUAUCCAGAUUUUCCAAAUCACUUUAUUUGGAGGCAAACUGCACCUAAAGUAAAGUAAUCCUUUAUUACACUAAAAGCCAAAUUAUAUGCUCUUAAAAUCAAUAGUUGUUGUUGUUGACAUACAUAGAAAACAUACAAUGUUCUGUUUCCAGCCCGAAAAAAUAGCUAUACAUUAUGUCAGAGCAGGUUAGUCCUACACUUACAUGGAGCUGAUUCAGUAGAUUUUGAAUUUUGGGUGUCUGCUCAGCACGAACUAGGUUCAGCAUCACCACUUGAAUAAUGUGGAAAUAUUUUUGAUGCACUUUGGUUAGUCCAGGUGCAGAUCACUGGACCAGACAGAAGGCACAUAGGCAUCAGGUCAUCCAUGACAACACUGUCUUCCAAGCUGAUCCCUGCUUUUUAGGGAGUUCGGGUGAGGAGAAACCAGGUUUUGGGCUUCCUGAAGGGAUGCGUCAUAUUCUAACAGAAUAUGAGAGGCAGGAAAGAAAGAGUAUAAUAUUGCCAUUUAACAUUUGUAAAUAGUACUCCCAUUUUACGUGUGAAUCAUGAUUUAUUUGAAAAAUCAGACUGGAAUCAUUGUGUUUAAAUGGCAGUGUUUUUAACAGCAGAUCACUCGGCUAGAUCUUAUCCAAGCCAACUUCUUGAUCAUGCCCAGACCUGUUGAGUGAAUUAGCCAAUUAGUUCAGCUGGCAAUGUACUGUGGUGCUGAUGAGAGGGUGUGGUCCACAAUAAAAAAUUGAUGUAUUUCAGUGUUUUCCACUCGAACAUGCUAGAGGAAGCCAUCCAACAACAAUCCAUCCAAUCCACCAAGUGGGCAGGACGGGCAAAUGCCCCAGCUCCAGGGUUGAUGUGUGUCAACUGAUUUGUGCUAGUUUAAUUAAGAAUUUGUUUGGAACUGUCUACUGACAUGGUAAGUGCUUAAUGGAAGGUUUUAUUUUCUUAUCUAAUCACAAGGCCCCUGAAUAAGUAGAGAAUUAUAUCCUGCUCUGCAGUUUUUACAUCUUUCUGCUCAUUAUUUCGGGGGUUUCAGCAAACAUCCACUCUCAUCAACCUUCUUUCCAGCAGUAGGCAACUGUUCUUAGUGAAAAAGCUCUGAUAAACUCACUGUACACUUCCUGCCAAGCAACAGCAGACAGUAAAACCUUUAACAGCUAAAGGAGCAGAUAUGUUUCUCAGGAGAUGGCAGAGAUCAAAACAGAGAUAACAGCAGAGUGAAUAUUGAACUGGUCUUGCCUGCGUCACUGUUCGCUAAUGCGUUCACCUAGAUUGCCAUGUUCCCAGGUCUCAGCAGUUAACUUGGUCAAGAAAAUGUCAUUAUUAACAAUAUGAAUGAUGGCCGAUAUCACAAAAAUAAGACCCAAUUUAGAGCAAAAAAACACAAUUUUCAUUGGGUUUUACUUUGACUACAGGCUGUGUGCUUAAGAAUGAAUGAAAAUCCUCCCAUAUUUGCUAAAGCACUUCAGGGCUUGUUUCGAGUCCCUUUGUGUUUAUAGGGUGUAGAUGAUCACUAAAAUUGAAAGAAGAAGAAGAAAACAGGAAGUGGAAAUAGCAGAAUUCACGUAAGAGUUCAUUAGGAGGGGACACCAUCAUUCCCUUUGUAAGAAAGUAUAAUUUUGUCAGCAUUUCAUUUCUUGUUUUAUCUUUUAAAUAAAGACACUACACUAAUCAUUCACAACUAAAGUCUAUGGAAAUGACUCAUCUCCUGCCCAUUGAACUUCAGUCGUGCUCUAAUGGCCAAAUUAUUCAUAAACACACUGAGGACAUAUUCAUGCUUACCCAGACAUUUCCUUGUGUGUGUGUGUGUGUGUGUGUGAAAUAUCUCAUAUGACACAUGCAAAACUAUUCUUUCCGCCCCCUUUGUUGAUUAGUUGUUUAAAUGUUGAGGCGUUAUCUUACUCUGUUUAAUGUACCCAUUAUAGAAGCAAAGUGAUUCUGUUGUAAUUUUUAGGUUUUUCGUGAGCUCACAGUUAAGUAUUUGUGAAUGAUUUUGUAUGUAAUCACACUUUACACUAGGCUGACGUCAUCUCCUUUUUCAUUAGUGACUGAAUGUAGCCUAAUCACUGUCUUUUCAACGCACCUUGUUCCAUGCAAUACUCUUAUAUAACAUUUUGCUGCCAGUGUUCCCAAAGAACAACCCGCACCCAUGAAAAUGAAGGUCAGCAAAACACAAGAUAGAGACAGCUCAUCCAUAAGUCCAUUAUAUUUCACUUUAACUAUUUUCUCAUGAGAAUUUUCCUCUUACAAACCUGUUGUGUGUUAUUUAAAAAUGUGUUUCAAUAAAUAAACUGAGAUAAGGACCAAUACUUUAAGCAAAUCUUACAAACCUCUGGCAGAAGCAGUUUAGACUCUGUGCACGUCUAGGACCUGUCUAUUCCCAGGACUAAGUGUGUGUUAUUGCUGCGGUCUGACACUGACCCCUAGUGUUCAGUCAUCUCACUCUCAUUUUUUUUCUGUUCCAGAUUGAAGCUGCAUUUCAGCAGAGUUUCCAACUACUCUCUUUCAAAUGACCAUUUCAUUUAAAUAUUCGCACAUAGGUUUUGCUCUGUUGUCCACAUUAACUUGUUUGUAAAAACGUGUUUUAUAUCGUCACCACUGUUGGUGGUAUUUUAUGAGUGCCUUGCAAGAAUGAAUACAAGAAUUGAUGUUUUUUUCUGCUCUGACUGAAUUUCUUCUAGCAUAUUCAGGAUAAACUUCCAUCCAGUGAUUCUUUUUUCCGAACUAAUCCCAGUCAGGGUAGUGGAAGCUGGAGCCUAUCUCGGCAUACUUUGGACUGAAGGGGUGUACACCCAGUCUAAUAAAGGGCUAACACAGAGACAGACACAAGAUACAUUUAUCAUCCAAAGUAGGAGAAUAUAGACUUUUACAUAACUGUUUCAAAGGUUUACCACAUGGCCAUAGUAUUUGUACUGUCAAAGUUUAGUUUCUACAGUAGCUCAGACAAAUCAGUUUUAUUUGUGUUCAUUUUUUGUAUAUAAUGUGAAUCACUGCCAAUGCAGAUCACAAUGCAUUUUGACUUUAUUUACCAGAGAGCCUCUUGCCUUCUGUCGCCUGCACUUCUUCAGCAUUUAGAACAGCUUCUUCUUGGGCCAAAUCAUUUUGAUGUUUGCACAGAUUCCACAGUGCAACAAGUGACACUGGCGCUUUUACAUGUUAGCAAGGAUUCAAAAAUAUUCUAGCUUUUUUGAUGCACAGUUGUGGUAGAGAUGUUCAGUGGUUUUAAGCUCAGUCUUUCAAAGUUGAUUAAGAAUGUCAUGUCUGUCAAAGCAGUAACAACAUGCAGCUAUAUGCUCAUUGAAACACAAAAUGUAGUUCACACUUAACUGUUUCCUUGCUUUUGUUUUGUCAUUAACUGAUUCCUUUAUGAUGUUUAAUGUUUCAUUUCUUAACCACUAAUGAUUUAAUUAAUAAAAACUAUUUGGUUCACA